GGGGACAGUUCCCUUGACUCGCCUGCCCCGGGGUCCGGCUCUCUACUGUCACGUGGGUGCGGAGGAGCGCGCACCUGACCCUCAGGCAUCAUUACUACCUGGGGGCACCCGAAUUGUGGGGCACCUGUCUGCAAGGUGACCAGCCAUCCAGGAAGCAUGGACCAAGCCACCAUGCCUGAAGUCAAAGAGCUUUCAGAAGCCUUGCCGGAGACGCCAAUGGACCCCAUCACAGGAGUCGGGGUAGUGGCUUCCCGGAACCGAGCUCCGACAGGCUACGAUGUGGUUGCGCAGACAGCAGAUGGCGUGGAUGCUGACCUUUGGAAGGACGGCUUAUUCAAGUCCAAGGUUACCAGAUACCUGUGUUUCACAAGAUCAUUUUCCAAAGAAAAUAGCCACUUGGGGAACGUGCUGGUGGACAUGAAGCUCAUCGAUGUCAAGGACACAUUGCCUGUGGGCUUCAUUCCCAUCCAGGAGACGGUGGACACACAGGAGGUGGUCUUUAGGAAGAAGAGGCUAUGCAUUAAGUUUAUUCCCCGGGAUUCAACCGAAGCUGCCAUUUGUGACAUUCGCAUCAUGGGCAGGACGAAGCAGGCACCUCCCCAGUACACGUUUAUUGGGGAACUGAACAGCAUGGGCAUCUGGUAUCGCAUGGGCAAAGUGCCAAGAAACCAUGACUCGUCUCAACCUACCACACCCUCACAGUCGUCAGCUGCUUCCACCCCAGCCCCAAACCUUCCCAGGCACAUCUCACUAACGCUACCAGCUACCUUCCGAGGCAGAAACAACACCAGCACAGACUAUGAGUACCAGCUCUCCAAUCUGUACGCCAUAUCAGCGAUGGAUGGUGUGCCUUUUAUGAUUUCAGAGAAGUUCUCCUGCAUUCCGGAAAGUAUGCAGCCCUUUGAUCUCUUGGGGAUCACCAUCAAGUCUCUGGCAGAAAUUGAAAAGGAGUACGAGUACAGCUUCCGCACAGAGCAGAGUGCAGCCGCACGGCUCCCACCCAGCCCUACCCGGUGCCAGCAGAUCCCCCAGUCCUGAGGAGCCCACAGCCUCCUGCGGGAGAAGACAUCUUCUACCCGGUGCCCAGACUACUGACAGGGUGGCUGGGGUGAGAGUCACUCCCUCUGUCACCUGCCCAUUCUGCUUGCCCUCCCCACUGACCAAGAGACUCUGGGCAGCUGUGUGGUCAUAUGCGGUCAUCAGCUCGCCUGUCAAGACUCCCCUGACUCCCUGGGAACGUCGUUCAUAAUUGUGACUAAUGUAUGUGCCGUUAGUGACCAGAGUCUCCUAGCACACGUUUGUGAUGACCACUUACCCCACAAAGAAAGAAAACUUCUUCCUUACCUGGGUCACCCGUGAGAACCCAGGCAUAUGCUCCCGCCACCCAGUGGUGCCCACCGGCUCCCCUACAACUGACCAUCGCCUACUGCAGGAAUCCCACAGGCCACUGGCUCCCUCCUGGAAGACCCCAAGGUUGACUGCUUCACGCAGGACCCUGCAAGAUGCACUGAUCACCUCUGACCCAGCUGGUCAGCCGGCUCAAGUGGCCCAUGCAUCUCAUGAUGACACUAGGAA